CAGGAAACAUAAUCACAAAUUUAAUACGAAGACAUAAGAAUCCCCAUUGUCGCUAUCUCGCGGCUCGCCGCUGUUUCUCUCUCUACCCGUGGAGCAAACAGCGUUCGUCUCGGCUUCGCUCUCAUCUCUGUUCGUCUUCUCAUUUCCGCUGCCCCGUGUUUCCUUCCCUUCAAAUCCACUGCACUAAACCCUCCUGGAUUUAAUUGCUACCCCACUUCGUAAUCUCGUUGGAGAACAAAACAAAACCCUAGAAAUCGCGUCCUUCAGUUUGUCAACAUGCCGCCCAAACUUACUUCCUAAUGAUGGAUCCCGCCGCCUUUCCCCUUUCGGCGCUGAAGCGCCCCAAUCCGCUGUUCAUCGAUCUCAAUGAGAUCCCUUCUACGCCAUGCGACCCUUCUUCGCCGGCCGCCGUCCCACCGGAGCGGGUGGAGCCGACUCCUAUCGAUUUUCCGGUUGAGGACGCCUACUCCCUGGUUUGUAGGAUACACGGGCGUCUCCCGGCCAUGGACCGGCCUGCGGUUGAGUUCCCCGGAGAGGCUGGGGUCGGGCGGCAACUCUCUUGUGGGCUGUGCGGCCUGCCGGAGAAACGGGGGGAGACGUUGGUCUGCGAUGGGUGCGAGCGGGGGUUCCAUGUUAGCUGCGCGAGGUACUGGCCUCGGCAGCAAGGGAUGGCGGUCGAGGACUGGCUUUGCGCUGAGUGCAGCAUGAAUGAGGUGCCAAAGAAGCGGUGGACACUUGGGGCAGUCAAGUUGCUUGACAUAAAUGCGUCUCCGCCAAGUGAGGUUGAGGGCGAUGGCGAGGAGCAGCUCGGCGGGAGAAACGUUAAUGACUAUUACAG